GGAAAAAAAAAAAAAACAAAAAUGUCCGUGCGACGUCGUCGUUCAUGACCAGCAGCUCGGAGCAGCUGCCUCCUUUCUUUUGUCUCGUCGCCGCCGACCGACCACGAGAGUUUGCUCGUGCGUGCGUGCGUGCGUGCGUGUCGGCGUAUACCCGACGUCUAUGUACUCCGUGCCGAGCGCGCGCCCGUGAGCCACACAAUACUCGCGAGUUUUUUCCUUAUUUUUUUUUUUUCUCUCUACCGCGCGCGUUGCGUUCGUGCGCGAGUCCGUGUCCCGCGUCCGCUGUUCACGUUCGCGGCCGCGGGUACGUGUGCGGCCAGUGUGUUACCGUGUGUGAACGCCGUCGUCGCGUUCGCCAAAUACGCUCGUACAUACGUAUAUAAUACAUUAUAAUAUAUACAUUGCAUAUAUAUGUAUUUUUACGCGUUUCUAUGCACGUAGAAUUUUUUCACAAACACAUGUAUAGUAAUUUUAAAUAUUUUUACUCGUAGCUAGCUGUAAACGUCAUUGUUACCGUACCCGAACAAUUUCGAUUGAUCGAAAAUUGUAUUUACCCGCCACCCUAGCCGCGUGCCCAACGUACCCGUUACAAUGUUCAAUAUCAAUUCGCCGUCGGUGAUAGUAUCGUCGUGAAAUACUGUCGGGCGAACGUUCGCGUACGUCGCGUCUAUUAAUAGCGCACGAGUAUUCGAAAUCAAAUCGAAUGUGCGCCGGCGUUUUGUAAAUAACAAUAAUAAUAACAAUAAUAAUAAUAACAAUAAUCAUAAUAAUAAUAAUAAUAAUAAUAAUAAUAAUAAUAAUAAUAUUAUCUAUUUUAUUAUCGGCUAUAAUAGUAGUACGCCGCUGUCGUGGUAGUGGUGUAUAGUAGUACUAAUAGUAACAGUAGUAGUAGUAGUAGUAGUUGUAGUAGUGGGUACGGGCGCGUGCGUGCGUGCGCGUUUACGAGAGUAUCAGUACAACAGCAGUCGUCGCUAUCCGUGCGCGCGCGUGUGUAUGUGUGUGUGUGUGUGUGCGUGUGAGUGUGCGCGCGUGUGUGUGCGCGUGUGUUAUUAUUAUUAUUGUGUGUACGUGUGCUGCGCGAUCGCGGUGUCCGUAUGCGUCGGUAAAAGUAAAACAAUAAAUAAAUAUAUAAUACCGCCGCCGCCUUCGAGAACGACAGACGCACGGACAAUCGAUAGGAAAUCUGUCGGUUCGUUUUACUCGCGUUCGUCCGGGGUCGCAGCCGCCCGAAACGGCGUUCGUUUCAUGUCAAUCGUUUUCGUCCCGCGUCCGUUUCGCCGUCGCCGCCGUCGGGUCGCGCGCGACGCCUUUUAAAAAUUGUACGAAAAACGUCCACGAAGAGAAUGCCGAGCGCGUCGUUCAGCACCACCCGGUCGUAUACGCGGAGGACCCGGAGAAAAGGCACCAACGGCAACCGCCUGCCCGUACCGUCCAGGACGUCCAAUUCCGGUGAGUUCGUACCCCGUCUAAUGACUACAUACCGUAACCGACGACUAAAUAGGUACACCCAGGCCAUUAGAAUAGGCCCUUCAGGCAUUGCGGGCCGUUCGAUAGCCCGUUUUCAAGGCCUGCCGUCGAUUCGGUACGAACCGUCCCGGUCUCGUGUCCCGCGAAUGUUAUCCGGUUCGGGUCUUUUCGGUAGGGUACUAUUGUUGGGUUAACCGCCCCGAGCCCUGUUUCGGCCGUCCCGAGGCACCGUAAAUUCCAAAAAAACCCCCCCCUCUAUUAUAGAACCGGGCCCGCGACGGAGGCCCCGAUCUUAUCCGCGAUCGUCGUCGCCGUGCGCGUCACCUUUGUGUCGGUCGAGGAUCAGUGGGUACGCUCUGUCGUCAUCGUCCACGGUAUUCCUUUGUUUCGGUGUAUUAUUGUUACGUUCUUCUAGCCCGCGCGAUAUUCGAGAUCUUCGGAAUUCCCACUUUGUUCCGCUCAUACCCACCGUCCUUGUAGACGAAUCGCAUUGCUUUCAUACACCCACCGCGGCAAUGCGGUUUCGGGAUUUUUAUUCACGAAUAAUUUGCGUUUUUUUUUUUUUUUUUUGCCGAAAAUUUGAUAACAAUCGCCGUUCCCCAACCGGCACGCACCCCGCGUUUUUCGACACAACAGUGACGUCCACGAGAUAAACACUCGGGUAUUUCGAAAAACACCAGCUAGGUACUUCUUCCACUUGGGUGUAUGUUUGCAUUCUGCAGUCCGACCACGUAGACCGAAAACAUUUGUUCGACACACCAGUUAUCCGUUUUGUAAACGGCGUUUCGUUUCGGUUAAGAGUUGUUUAUCCCGGGCGUUUAUCGCACACGACUUCUGUCGAUACUUCUAACAAUGUUUGCCCGGUAAAUUAGACCGGCGGUGCGCACCCGAACACGAACGGUCUUCGGUGUUCGAUUUGUUGUUAUCGAUUGGAAAGUCGAGUCUGAAUUUCAACGAGAAUACUUGAUAAAUGCGCCAAACGUAAAUUAUGACGACAAUUUUUUUUGGAAUUCUAAGAACAGUGCAUGAGCGAUCGGACAUUGACCGUGUGCAUAGGGUCACCUACCUACUUAAUUGUUUUCUAGGCUUUGUAACCGAAACAUUGAUUAGGGUAUUCUUAAUUAAAAACAACAAUCUGGAUGAACAACGGUAAGUAAUAGGCAAUAAACCGGAGCCUGUCCCAGCUAUUAGAUUUUCAUAAACAAUGUGUAAAAUAUCGACUGUUCAUCAAUCAGACACAGUAUACAAACCUUACACACCACGGGUUUUAUUGUAGGUAAUAUAAAAUUGAAUCUUGUUUCAAGCAUUCGAGGAGGUUUUUUUUUUCAUUUUUUUUUUUUUUUGCAAAGAAAAAGAAAUCACGGUUAAACCAAAUAGAUAAAUACAUUUUCAUCGGUCGGGGCCUUGAAAACAUUAAUUUAAUUCAAAGCAUUGAAGCGUUGAACUAAUACUUGUAUUUAAUCAGUUCUAAGUAGGUAGGUGGGUGGCGCUCAUACAUUUUUUCAUAAAAAAAAAAAAAAAAAAAAAAAAGAAAGAUUCGGCAUAAUAUAAACAUUUUCUAAAUUUAUUGGUUAAAUGUCUGUAUACUUGUAAAAUAGCUUUCAAUCGUUAGGUCAUACAAUUGUGUUUUGUUUUUGUUUUUUUUUUUUUUAGAUAAUUUCCAAGUAAGAUCCAUUCUUUGACAAUUAUCAAUAAAAGUAAAGUUAAAUUAGAUACUUAGCUACUUACACUGAUCAGUUGCCAUCCACUAGAUUGAAUAACUACUUUUUUUUUUUUUUAAUGCCUUGAUUACUGUAAUUUUUGUCUUUUUCACCGUUCGAAUGGCGACGUUCAUUUAUGUAACAUGUUGGAUUUGCCGAUGACUCAGACAUCAUUAACUGGCAAUACUAAAUUUAUUACAAACAAUUUUUUAUAUCCUUGAGACCUUUAUGACCGGGCUUAUAACACUCGGUGUGAUAUGACUAUCGAAAUUCUAUUGAUAGGCAGGUAUACCUAUCUGACGUUGUUCGCAACUACUCAAUUGUACCCGUAUCGCUUUAAGCUCUAAGUCAGCAAGAAAAUACUCGAGCGCACCACACAUACCUUAAUUAGGUAUAAUUGAACAACGGAGCUGGCCAAUGAGCGCCCACCGUUCGCCGUUUCAGAGUAUCUGUAAUGCUGUUCAUUCAUUCAGCGCGAUUGGGGGGUGGGAGGGUUGGAGCGGUAGGGGUUUCAGACCGAGUGCUGUUUGUCCACGCGUAUUUGUUUAGAUAAACUCGGAAGUCGAGAAACGCACGUGGGCAUUGUCUUUUAAAAACGUAUUUACCCAAUUUGAUUUCGUUUGAACUUUCAAACCGUUGUUUUUUCAAAAAGCACCGUUCCGUUGCGGAUUGUAUAAUUUGUUCCGGGGUUUAAUUGUUUGUUUGUUUGUUUGUUCGCCAGGCGGAGUCGUAGAAGCCGGAGUGACAUGCGAACCAUUAGUGGCGGCCAGCGGGAGCUACGCCACUCCCGGAGGAGCUAGCACCAGCACGAGCUUCCAGCACGUGCCGCCGUACGAUUUGCGUGGCCGGAAAUCGCCGUUGCACUUGCACGACGCCAGCACCGCCGGGUUCAACGCCACGGCCCCCGUCCAUCCCACCGCCACGCGCCCUACGUCGCCCACAGCGUCGGCCACCGCUUCGGUAUUGCAGUCGGCCGCCACUCCACCCUCAUCACAGCCCGUGCGCAAACGGCUCAGGCGGAACACAUCGUGCACGAUAAUCAGUACCGACAGUAAGUAAGACCCGGUUGCGGGUUCGUUUCGCGCGGCGCCGCGAACAGCCCGACAAAAAGUCGUCCGACAACGGUGUGUGUUCUCCGUUCGGUCUGGUACCGCGCGGUCGCCGUCGACUUUUGGAUUUCCAGCCGAACGGAACGUCCGUUCGUUUCGCCGCGGCGUGUCGUGUGGGGAGGGGGUGGCAGGGGUGUGUGUUUCGUUUGCCCCGAACGUUGCGCGCACGCUUCGUCGGCGAACAACGGACACCGCGCGUCAGAAAACGGGUUUCAAUUUUGGAUUUCUCGGUGUCAUUCGCGGUGUCCGCCCCAUGUCCGCCGACAAUCGCCGAAACCUGCGCGAGUACACAAAUGCGUCGGACGUUUAAAUUUCAAUUCUCGGCUUCACCCCCGUCCCCCCCGUCCCCUCUCUCGAUCGCGUAACAACGUCAACAAUAACGUUUCGCGCGUUCGAAUUCGCGUUAAUCAAUGCCUACCACAAAGACAAAAGCGACCGGCGCCGAAGUGGCCGUUGUCGCAGCAGCGUGCAAUCAACGGCGACGGCGGUAACAGUUGAACGCCUCCCGUUGUCGUUAAAACGCCGUUGUUGUCCGCCCGUUUCGCGAAUUCGAUCACGGCAACCGUGUACAAUGUACGCCCGCGGUGUCGUUACUUGUACUCGACGACAUCCCCGUCGGAUCGCCGGGUUUCCGACGUGCCGCGGGCCGCUGUCGGCGGACGGCCGCACCGCCGAGGAGCCGGUCGGAAAUCGCGAAAACAAACGCCGUGUUUCGUGAACGGUCAAUUGUGUUUUUCCGCGCUGACCGGGCGACGGCGAUUCCCGGCGGCGCGCGUCGCGGACAAUUCAAAACCGAACCGGCGGCUACGAUUAUUUUGCGCGUCCGCGUUCGUUUCUAAUGUCCGAACAAUAUGAUUUCGUUACGCCGGAUGUGAUUAGAAAAAACCUAGUCGCCCGACUAAUGUCGCGCACUGCCUACGGCCCAUAUUCCGUGUUUUCAUUCCGUUCCGACGGUUUCGUUACAAUAUAAGGACAAAUCGGUAACGGGUCUUUUUUUUUUUUUUUUUCCCCGUAAAUUUUUUUCCGUUUGUUUCGCGAUUGAUAAACAAUAAUUUUCCAAUUAUUUAUCUAAACGGCGCGGUAUGCGGUUUUCGGUAUAAACCGAUAACCGUAAUAUUGUCGUUACAAUAUCUCCGCACGGUAGCAGCCGGUAGGUGCGGUUUUUUUUCAUACAUUUCGUCCGUUUGUUGUCGUUUCGGAAUCCCUCCCCCAUCCGCGAACGUGCCCGUUAACAACAUUUCGUUAAUCGGUUAAAUUCCGACGCGACCGCCCCGGUUUCCGAAUCGGUUAUUUUGCCGUGAAAAUACGACAGAAUUUGUUUGUUCGGCCCUCGACGUUUUCGCGAAGGAGGGCCGACCGACGGCGGCGGCGAACGAAUAUAACUGUCCGUUUGAUAUUUUAUUUAGAUCGGGUCGAAAAACUGGAGCCCGUCCAAAUCGAGCGCGUUUUAAUUGCGGCGUUCGAAACGGAAUCCACCCGAGAUGCGCGCCACUCGAAACCCACUUGAAUUUCACAUUUAUGCAACGUCGCCGCCGCGUAUUAUAAUUAUUAUUAAUAACCGGGGCUGCUCGGAAGUUGCAUAUUUUUCCGCGCGCGCUGAAUUUAUAGCGGACCGAGUUUGAAUUAAUACUUUCUGUACGACGGAGAGCUUAAAAAUCGAACGUUCACAACGCGUAUUCUGCACGUUUCGUCGUUGAUUUCAGAGGACGCAAUGUGCACGUUUCGUCGAUUCUCAUUGAUUUUCGCGUGUGUUUUCUUCAUUCUCAACCGAUCUAUUUUAAAUAGUAUUGCAUUUGAAACUCAAUGUCGUUUAACGCAGUUGUUUGUCCGUUCAAUCCCGUUCGCAAACCGAGUUGGAACACCGGCAGCUCGGCCUGCCAUAACGAAUAACAAAAUAAUAAUAAAGUAAAAACAAAAUCAUUUUGUUGUUUAUUGUAAUUUCUCGCCGCAGUCCCGGGUCCGUUGUUAUCGAUUUAACGACGCCGGUGCGAUUCGUCGUGCCGUUUUGGUCUUAAUGUUUUCUGCGCGUAUUAAUAACGGCAUUAUGUAUGUUUUCGAUCAAUCUCUCGCGUAUUUUGGAUAUUCGCGUACGUAUUUUGCCCGUCUCAGCUGUUGUAAACCCCGAGCUCCCAUUAAUAACGUACGGGGCGCGUACGUUACAAUCGUACUGUAACGUUUCCCGGUAGUUUCUUUCUUGUAUUUUUAUCAAACAGAAAUUUACAAUCCGUACGAGAAAACGACGAGUAAACACGCGCGGUACGACAAACGACGGGAGGACGCCCGUUAUUGGCGACACCCACGUAUUUUGUUAAUAUUUAAUAAACGUUCGGGCAAAACGACUGUUGAUUGAUAUCUACAUUGACGUUUGCGUUUUGCAGAUUCGAAUUCAGCCGCUCAUUAUUUGCAAUGCGAAUUGCCGGACGAGGUCAUGUUGACCAUAUUCAAAUACUUGUACGAAAAGGACCUGUGCCGGAUAGCUCAAGUGUGCAAGCGGUUUCAGGCGAUAGCCAACGACAACAAUCUGUGGAAACGGCUGUACCAGAGCGUGUUCGAGUACGACACGCCGCUGUUCCACACGGAGCCCGGCAAGUUCGAAUUCGUGCCGUUCGAAGAGAGCGAACACCAUAACCCGUGGAAAGAGAGUUUCAGGCAGCUGAAGAAAGGAUGCAUACACGUGCGCCCGCAGUACAACGGCACCGCCAAAGACCCGACCAGGAAAAUGCCGCAUUUCGAGACGAUCCAGAACGCCCUGGACCACACGGACGAAUGCGUGAACGGCAGCUUGAAAAUAUUCCUGCACCCGGGCUUGUACCGGGGCGAGUUUUUGGUGGUCGAUUCGGACGUGUCGAUGAUCGGCGCCGGGCCCGGCGUGGUGGCCGAAGGCGUGGUGAUCGAACGCGAAACCGAGUCCACCGUCAUGUUCGUGGAGGGCGCCAAGAACGCGUACCUGGGACACGUCACGUUGAAGUUCACGCCGAUCGUCACGUCCACCGUGCCGCACCAUAAACACUUCUGUCUGGAGGUGGGCGAGAACUGUUCGCCGACCAUCGACCACUGCAUCAUCCGGAGCUCGUCGGUGGUCGGGGCCGCCGUGUGCGUGAGCGGGGCCGGCGCGAAUCCCAGGAUACACCAUUGCGACGUCAGCGACUGCGAGAACGUCGGCAUCUACGUCACCGACCACGCGCAAGGGACGUUCGAGGACAACGAAAUCUGUCGGAACGCCCUGGCCGGCGUCUGGGUGAAAAACCACGCCAAUCCGGUGAUGCGCCGCAACCACAUACACCACGGCCGGGACGUGGGCAUAUUCACGUUCGACAACGGAUUGGUAAAUGCUAUUAUCCAUUAAUCGUUAGAGUCUAACGCGUUUUCGCUUCAACAGCAUAGUGUAAUUGGUGUUUUCUGUUUCGAACACAGGGAUUUUUCGAAGCCAACGACAUACACAACAACCGGAUCGCCGGUUUCGAGGUAAAAGCCGGAGCGAACCCGUCCGUGGUGCAGUGCGAAAUCCACCACGGCCAGACGGGCGGCAUUUACGUCCACGAAAACGGUCUCGGUCAGUUCAUCGACAAUCGGAUCCACAGCAACAAUUUCGCCGGCGUCUGGAUCACGUCCAACAGCAACCCGACGAUACGGCGCAACGACAUCUACAACGGACACCAAGGCGGAGUGUACAUCUUCGGCGAAGGCCGAGGGCUGAUCGAACACAACAACAUAUACGGUCAGUGUCGAAAACCCGUCGUCUCAUUAUUUUCAUACCGGCCAAUCCCGGUCGUGUAUUGUGCACGUUGGUUGUCGUUUUAAACGUUCGAUCUUUUUUUUUUUUUUUUCUAUUUCCAUCACAGGCAACGCGCUGGCCGGCAUUCAAAUCCGUACCAACAGCGACCCGAUAGUCAGGCACAACAAAAUCCAUCACGGUCAACACGGCGGGAUUUACGUGCACGAGAAAGGCGCCGGGCUGGUCGAAGAAAACGAAGUGUACGCCAAUACGUUGGCCGGUGUUUGGAUUACCACCGGCAGUACCCCGGUGUUGCGGCGCAACCGGAUACAUUCCGGCAAACAAGUGGGAGUGUAUUUCUACGACAACGGCCACGGAAAACUCGAGGACAACGAUAUAUUUAAUCAUUUGUAUUCCGGCGUGCAAAUAAGGUGAGCGCGGUGAAUAGGAACAGAAAAACCGUUUCAGAGGCGCUUAGCUUAAAAAAGGGGUUUUAAGUGACAUUUUAUCGAUUUCGAGAAAAAAAAAAAUCAAGUUUAAAGUUAUUCGUAUUCAAUAUUAUUAUUAUUAUUAUUAUUAUUAUAGUGAAAUAUCAUCACUGUUCUUGUGUUCGAACUGUAUAAAAAAAUGUUUUAGACAUUUGGCAGUUACUCUUAACACGAGUGAGUGUUGCGGACGUUUGUACCUAUUUACUUCUAAUCUAUUAUCGUUUUAAAUCGCAGAAAAUUAUUCGUAUAAUUUUCUUACAUUUCUUUCCCGCGUAAUAAAAUAGAAAAUGUGUAUUUUAGCUGGGCGUUUAACUCGGGUUUUUUUUAAAAAUGUCACUUACACCCCUUGUGUACCUCUUUUGUACACGAAUCAAAUUUAUUAUCGGUUGAUGAACAAUACAAUCAAAACAUCUAAAUGUUGUGGAGAUUUUAUUUAUUGAAAACACAUUUUUACACCGGUAUUUCUAAAUAAUUGUUAAAUAUAUCAUUUCGCGUUAUAUUUAUGGAUUUUGUAAUUUUUAGAACUGGUAGCAAUCCGAUAAUCAAAGGAAAUAAAAUUUGGGGAGGUCAAAAUGGCGGAGUGUUGGUGUACAACGGCGGGUUAGGAGUAUUGGAACAAAACGAAAUAUUCGAUAAUGCAAUGGCCGGUGUUUGGAUUAAAACCGAUUCAAAUCCAACACUCAAACGUAACAAGAUCUAUGACGGCAGAGACGGUGGAAUUUGUAUAUUCAAUGGAGGAAAAGGUAUGUUUGUUCGAUUAUAUUGAAAUAAAUGAUUGAAACUGUUUGUUUUAGUACAUUAAUAUGUUUUUAUUUAGUUGCUUAAAAUAACUAUUAUUUAACAAGUAUCUGUUUUGGCUACUUUUGAACAUAAAAAUAUCAAACGAAACAAACUUAUUCAGUAUGGUUAGAAUUUAAAAAUUAUUGCUUGUUAACAUAUUAGUACGCAAUUUAUAACCGUAUUGUGACUAGAAUUGAACAUUGUUUUUUUUGUACGUUUUUAGGAAAUUUAGAAGAAAAUGAAAUAUUUAGAAAUGCCCAAGCUGGUGUUUUAAUAUCGACACAAAGUCAUCCUACGCUGAAGCGCAAUAGAAUAUUCGACGGCUUAGCGGCCGGCGUUGAAAUCACCAAUAACGCGACAGCAACCUUAGAUAGUAAUCAAAUAUUUAAUAACCGUUUCGGUGGUCUCUGUUUAGCCAGCGGGGUACAACCUAUUGUUAGAUGUGAGUUUAUUAAAAAUGUGUAAAAUAUUAUUUUUAACUUUUGAUGAACGCUAAUAAUAAUAAUAAUAAUAUUGCUUUUUUUUUCUUUAGCCAAUAAAAUUUAUAGUAAUCAAGACGCUGUCGAAAAGGCAGUGUGCAACGGUCAAUGUUUAUAUAAAAUAUCCUCAUAUACGUCAUUCCCGAUGCACGAUUUUUACCGUUGUCAGACGUGCAACACAACUGAUAGAAAUGCAAUUUGUGUAAAUUGUAUAAAAACUUGCCAUGCUGGACAUGAUGUCGAAUUCAUAAGGCAUGACAGGUACGUUGAGCAACAUUGUUGUGCAGUUAUAUGUAUACAUAUUUUAUUUUAUUAUUAAAAAAAAUUAUUGUAUCGAUAUGGUAGCAAGUAUUAAUAUAAUAUUGUAUGUAAUUGUCAGUGAUACAUUUGGAAUAAUUUUAAAUGUUAAUGUUGGUGUUCACUCGUAGGUUAGUUUAAUGUUUUUAAAGUCUGAAAAUGUUAAAUAUUUUCAUAGAUUAAAUGUAUUUUGUUUUUAUAUUUUUGAUUUUAAAAUAACAAAAUACAUUCAAGUUCUUAAUAUUAUUCUAGAUUUUAUUUUCACAAAACUAAACUAAAAUUUCUUUUUUCUUUCAAAUAGAAAUUAUUUAUUUUAAAUCCAGUUGUAUCAUUUACCACUUUUUAACUUUUUAGUUGUAAACACUUAAUAAAUGCUAAGAAAUUCUAAACACUGAUAGUUCUUUUAAUUUGUGUACACACUGUUAAUUAAUCAGUCAACACUUUGUGUUUUAGAUUCUUUUGUGAUUGCGGAGCUGGUACGCUAAAUAACCAAUGUCAGUUACAAGGCGAACCUACGCAGGACACGGACACGCUGUACGACUCAGCGGCGCCCAUUGAAUCGCAUACGUUAAUGGUGAAUUAAAAGAAAAUAUAUAUUUAAUAAAAUUAUAAUAAAAAUCCGAACGAUUUAUUAUAGAAUUUUUAUAAUAAUUUUUUAGUCGACUGGUAAAAUAUUUUUUUAUUGUUGGUUAAUAACUCUAUUUUCUACAGUUAGCCUGUAUAUUACCUCGAGUAUAUUAAUAAUAAUAAUUAAUAGUUAUAUAUUAAUUCUUCAUUCCUCUUGUGUCGUUCUACUUAAAAAAAAUUAUAUAUAUAUAUAUUUGUACGACCUCAUCUGAUACAUCACUGUGAUUUAUUAUAACCCAUCACAUAUGUUUAAAAGAAUAAUUAUAUUAAUAGUUCAUAAUUGAUUGAACGAAAUAUUUUUUUCACUCUAAUCAGUAUACCUGUUAAAUUUAUUAUACAUACCUACCAUUAGGUUUAAAACUAAUAUAUUAUGGUAUAUUAAAAAAAAAAAAAAAACCAAGUCUGUCGAUAAAACUAACCAAAAUAGGAUUUAAUUUAUGUGUAAUAUUGUUCUUCGUAUUUUAUUAUUAUUUUUCUUUUUUUUUUUUUUUUUAGUAUUUUUUGUAAAAUAAUAUUAUUAUGUUUAAUUUAUUAAUUAUGAUUAGUGUGCGUACUUUUUAUAAAUUGUGCAAUAUAUUUAUUAAAAUAAUUUUUUUUUAUAUAUGAAUUAUUUAAUAUUUUUUUUCACUAGACAAAUUAUUGUGUAUUUUUUUUUUUUUUAGUUAAGAACAUGUUUUUGUGUAUAAAUUAUUUCCAUUUAUGCUUAAAUUAAUUAAUUGUAAUCGGGAAAUAGAAUGAGCGCUCUAUGUCAUUUGUGCGUGCAAUUUUUCUAGCUACGUUUGCAACUCAACAUCAAAAAUAAUUUUGUAAAUAGAGUUUAAUUAAUUGGAAAUAUUUUUAUUUGUUAAUUUAUAAUAAUUUUUUUUUUGUUUUAGACUAAAAAAAAAAAUGUUCAUUUCACAGUAUUCUUUUCUAUAAUAUAAUAAUAUUCGACUAUAAUUUAUUAUAAUAAUUUAUAAACAAACAGCACUCGACGGAAAAAAGAAAGAAAAAACGUUACCAAUAUUUUCUUUAAAAAUGCAUGUAACAUUUGUUUUCUGUCUUUUCAUUGCUCAAAAAAUAAAAUAAUUAGGAAUGAUAGAGCACUACUUACAUUAAACGAUAAUUAUUAACAGGCUCCGUGUGCAAUUUUUUCUUUUUUUUUAGUGUUUAGUGUUUUUACCGUGUUCGAAACGUUUUAUUGUAACACAUUUAUAAUAUUCAACGUGGAUUUUGUAAAUAAUUUUGUUUUUUCUUUUUUUUUACGCUGUGUUGUGCCAUAAAAAAAAAAAAAAAUGACAAUUUUGUACAGGAUACACUCAUAAAACAAAAAACUCUCGAAACAAGUUUUUAAUUCGCUGUUUUUUUUUUUUUUAAUUAUUUUCGUAAUUAUAUUUUAUUAUUAUAUAUUUUUUUUUUUCUAUAUACACUUUCAAACGUAUUUAAGGUUGUGAUUUAAUUUUUCGAUUUAAAGUAUUAUAACGAUAUUAAUAAAAACUAGUUUGAAACUGAUAUAAUAUUAUUUCUGGGUUUUCUAAAUGCGUGCUCUGUGUAAGCAUUAUGUUUUUAUGUUCUUAUUUGACAUUUAUACAGAAAAAAAAAAAAAAAAACAAACAAACAAACAAACUUACAAUGAUUAUUUAAAUAUUUACUUGAAAUUUCCUAUAAAUUUAUAUGUUACACAAUAUUUAUGUGUAGCCCAAUAGUGUGAGUUUUAACGGAUUUUUAACAUAUACAAUAUCCUAAAAAUGUGACCUGUU